AUGCCGUUUGGUUUGUGCAAUGCUCCAGCAACGUUUGAAAGGUUGAUGGAGCUUGUACUUACCGGGCUAAUUGGAGAUGCCUUUCUGGUCUAUUUAAAUGACAUCAUCAUCGUAGGCCGUACGUUUGACGAACACCUUCAAAACCUGGAACGCGUACUCAUGAAGAUCCAGAGUGCCAACCUCAAGUUGAGUCCGAAGAAGUGUUCACUAUUCAAACGGCAAGUUAGUUUUUUGGGGUAUGUAGUGUCGGAAGAAGGUAUCCGCACGGAUCCAGAGAAAAUUGCCGCUGUCAAGGAGUGGCCGGUUCCAAAAGACAAGACACAGGUUAAAGCAUUUUUGGGUUUGUGCUCUUAUUAUCGGCGAUUUGUGAAGAACUUUGCAGAUAUAGCCAAACCUCUGCACAAGCUAACCGAGGAGAAGCGACAUUUCUGCUGGGAUGAAAGUUGCGAUAUUGCAUUCCAGGAGCUCAAGAACCGUUUGUGCAAAACACCUAUUUUGGGGUACCCUGAUGCGGGCAAGGAAUUCAUAGUUGACAUAGACGCAAGUGAUAUAGGACUUGGCGGUGUGUUGUCUCAACGGAAUGGUGAUCAAGAGAUUGUGAUAGCGCACUUCAGCAAGUCGUUGUCAAAGCCUGAAAGGAACUAUUGUGUCACAAGACGAGAAUUGCUUGCUGUGGUAAAGUCCUUGCAGCAUUUUAGCAAAUAUCUCCUGGGGCGGAAAUUCUACUUACGAACUGACCAUGCUGCACAGAAAUGGCUAUUGCAGUUCAAAAAUCCAGAAGGACAAGUUGCGAGAUGGAUUGAACUACUACAGGAAUACGACUUUGUGAUCGAAUAUCGCAGCGGGAAAUCUCAUGGCAAUGCAGAUGCAUUAUCAAGAAGCCCUUGCCCUGAAGAUUGCAAGCAUUGUACUAUGCAAGAGGGUAAAGAAGUGGUAUCUGUGAGGAUAUUCAAGACAGACCAGCUCAGCAAUGAUUGGAAGGACAGCCUACAACAUGCACAGCAGGAAGAUUCGGCCACUAAACCGAUUCUGGAAUGGAUGAAAGCCAGUGCUCCUAAACCCAAGAGGAGCGACGUCUCAGCAAUGAGUUCGACCACGAAAAGCUAUUGGGCCCAAUGGGACAGCUUGCUGAUUCAGGAUAGAGUUCUGUGA